AUGGAUACCCACCGUCAGUCCCACCACAACCACGGCCACGGUCACCAGAGGACGCGAUCGCAGCAUCUAGCCGCCCAAGAAGCUGCCGCCCAGGUCACGUCCGACUAUGAGUCAGACACGGCCCUCUACAUGGCCGCCCAUCCCCCCGUUCCCGCCGCCCAGCUGACCGUCCGGACGAAUACCGACCUCAACCUGGCCGUGCUCCAGCGCUACCUGCCCACCAUCACCUCCAUCCUCGGCAUCGCCGCCAACGCCGUCGUCUACUCCCUCGACACCACCGCCGGCGACUGGCAGAAGGCCAACAUCGAGGGCACCCUGUUCGUCUGCCAGCUGGGCGACAGCAUCGAGAAGUGCUGCAUCUUCAUCCUCAACCGCAAGGGCAUCGACAACAUGACCCUGCACCUCGGCGGCAUACGGGACGUCGAGCUCACCCAGGGUAUCUUGAUGCUGCACAUGGACGGCCACGACGGCGAGCAGGACGACGGCACCCCCUCCAAGAUCUGGGGCCUCUUCAUCCACGAGGAACAGCAGCAGCAGCAGCAGCCCGACUCCUCGGCGCAGUCCAACGCCGACCUCAUCAAGGCCCUCUGGCACAAGGCCAGGGAGUCCCGUGCGGCUCAGCAGGAUCGCGGCGAGCGGGUGUCGCUGCAGGGAGGCGGUGCGGGCUUUACCAUGCCAGGACUGGGCGGACGACAGGUCAGCUUGAAUGAGCUGUUUGGGCGCUGA